AUGGAGCUAGGAAAAGCUAAACUUCUUAGAACUGGCCUUAAUGCUUUAUACCAGGCCAUACACCCAAUAUAUGGGAUUGCAUGGACAGAUGGCAAGCAAGUGGCAUUGAUACCAUUGCACUUUCAUAGCAAAGAAUGGAGGUUUGGUGAUUCAACUCUUAUUGGUCAGUUUGAACAUGUCCACGCACUUUAUUGGAAUGCAUGUUAUUCUGCCGACUUGCCAGCUCUGCUUGCUGUUCAGCACAAAAAGCAUGUUAGCAUUUGGCAGCUGAUCCAUAAUGUUUUGGAAAAGAAUAAGCUCAUGGUUUUCCAGACAUGUGAAAUUGCUGAGCCAUUCCAGUUGCUCCCCCAAGGCUGUGUGUGGCACCCAAAGAGGGAUAUUUUAUCAGUAUUUACCAAGAGGGAUGCUUCUAUUCUAUAUGCAGUUCGUUUAGACAAUUCCAAGGUUAAAGCGGACAUUAAAAGCAGUGGUAUCAUCCACUGUGCCUGUUGGACCAAGGAUGGCAAUCGUCUAGUCAUUGCUAUAAGCAGUGCUCUUCAUUCCUAUAUCUGGGAUGAGGCCCAGAAAACAUUGAAUGCUUGUACUUUUUGCCCAAUAUUUGAUGUUGGAGGCUGUAUCUGUGCUAUUGAAGCUACUUUGGAUUUCCAGAUUGCUGUGGCUACUGAGCUUCCUCUUGAUAAGAUACAUGGUUUAAAUGCUGGUAUUACAUUUGAAUUACCGAUAAGUUCUGAAAUGGAUUUUCUGUCUACUGAUUCUUCACAAUCUACUCUGGUGCUUGGGGAUGAGGAAUACUCAAUGGAUUUGAGAAGGAAGUCCUUUGAUUUGGAUAAAUCAAUAGCAGUGCAUUCUGUAGCUUCAUCUUCAUCAGGCCCAACUGAUUUAACCAAUAUCCUGGCAAACCACAGGAAACUGGAUCCCAGUCCUCCUAUUCCUUUGAGUAGGAAGGUCUGCCCUUCAGGAACUGGUCAAUAUUCUUCACACUUGAUCUUAGUCACUUUUGAAAGAAAGGUAACCACAACUAGAAAAGUCAGCAUUCCUGGCAUUUUGGUCCCUGAUAUAAUUGCCUUUGACCUUAGUGCUCAAAUUGUGGCAGUAGCUUCUAAUACUUGUAAUAUUGUUUUGGUCUAUUCAAUUACAUCGUCCUGUAUGCCCAACUUGCAACGGAUCCAACUAGACCAAAGUGAACGAUCCAAAGGUCUAUCCUUUUUGACAGAUAAACUUUUAUUAGUUUUGGUUGGCAAGCAGAAAUUCACCGAUCCCGUACUUAUUUCUUCCUCCAAUUCAGACAGAUAUAUCAUCAGAUUGCUGAUGAAAGAAUUAGUAUCUAGAGAAGACUCUUCAUCAAACUCUGGAACUACUCAAACUUUGUCAUUCAGUUCUAAGUCCUCUGUUAGCCUUCCUGGGAAAAGAAAACAUUUUAAGAAUCCUGCUUUAGGGGAUUGUAUUGUGGGGCAGGAGCUCUCAGGACCAGAUAAUACUAUUAUUCAGUCACCUAUUAGAAGAAGACACAUGCUGGAAGUGAAAAGGCCUAGUUAUGAACAGACAUCACCCUCCAAUGUGAGCAUUUUUGUUGAAAAAGGAGCCUUGAGGAACUCAUCCAUUCUAGAAACUUUGGAAGCUGAACCAAUUAAUCGGUCAGUGGCCCUGUUUGGUGCUGGAACACCUACUAGAUUUUCCAAUAAAUCAACUUCUCCUAAAGUGGCACAAAAAACUUUAAAUUCUCCUAAAAAUAGCAUAUUGGAUAAUGAAAAAAUAACACCUGAAAUAUCCAGAAAUGUGGAAAGAUUGUAUAGCAGCUUCAGUGACUUACAUUUGAGACUCCUUGAAUUAACAGAAUUUGCUAAAAAUGGGAGGAGAUCAUCUCUUGACUACCCUUCUUCUCAAGAGCCACCUUUUGUUCACAUCAAAUACCAGAAAUGUUCUUCAAAUGGAGCAAUAGUUGAAGAAACACGAAAUGUUCUCCUCUGCAGUGGCAAAAUCCAUCUGAAUUUAGUCCAGCGACUUUUUGAUCUGCCUAUUGUUGAAAUGAAACAUGGUCCUUCCUGGAUAGUUCUUAUUGCGGAUGGUGAAGGUUUUAUUCCAAUAGAUUUUAAAGCAAAGCAGGAGAUCAUCAUAAGGGAUGGCAAGGAUAAUUUCAAUGCCUAUGGAAGUUACAUGUUCAAAACAAAUUUUUCAUCAUAACCACCAAGCAUGGUGAGAUAGUCAGGGAACUAUAAAACCAUAUUCUGGAACAUAAAGGAACUAAAACAUUAGAAAAUGAUUAGAAGGACUUUCACAUGUAUUUUAAUUGUAAUUCACAAAAGUUCCACAGAAGUGUGUUUUCCCUGCAGGGUUUUACUGUACACUAAGGAAUCAGGAUGGUUCUCCAC